AUGAACUUCCUCCGACGCCGUCUCUCCGACAGCAGCUUCAUGUCCAACCUGCCCAACGGCUACAUGUCAGACCUCCAGAGGUCGGACCCACCUGCUCCGCCACCCCCACCGCCACCUCCCCUUCCCAGCAAGGUGCCCCCAGGCGUGGCGCCGGCCCCUGCCCUGUCCCCGACCAAAGCUCCAGCCCCGUCCCAGGCUCCCGCCAGCUCCCCCGCCGCUCAGGAGCGGCGUGCGAGCCAGACGCCUCAGCAGCCUCAACAGGCCCAGUCCUCCUCCUCCUCCUCUGGUGGUUCCUCUGGCUUCUUCAGCUCCUUCAGCUCCAUCAGCUCCAUCACCAAUGUGGUCAAACAGACAGCCGCGACAGCCGCCGGGUUUGUGGAGCAGUCGGCUCCCUCUCCCUCGCUCUCCAAGAAGUUCAAGAUCCUGUUGGUCAUCGAUGAGCCCCAGCACGAAUGGGCCAAAGUGUUUCGGGGAAAGAAGGUCCUUGGAGACUAUGACAUCAAAGUGGAGCAGGCUGAGUUCUCAGAGGUCAACCUCAUCUCACAUUCAAAUGGAACUUGUAACGUGGACAUGCAGGUCAUCAGGAGCGGGACCAAAGUGGUCAGGUCUUUCAGGCCUGACUUCGUCUUGGUUCGCCAGCACGCCUUCAGCAUGGCCCAGAACGAGGAUUUUAGGAACUUGAUCAUCGGUCUGCAGUAUGCGGGCGUCCCCUCAGUCAACUCUCUGGACUCCAUCUACAACCUCUGCGACAAACCUUGGGCUUUUUCCCAGCUGAUCAGUAAUCAGAAGAGGCUAGGUUCAGAUAAGAUCCCUCUCAUUGAUCAGACGUUCUACCCAAACUACAGAGACAUGAUUACAACUCCAAGUUUCCCAGUGGUGGUGAAGAUCGGACACGCCCACUCUGGAAUGGGAAAGGUCAAAGUGGACAAUGUGAGUGACUUCCAGGACAUUGCAAGUGUGGUGGCCAUCACUCAGACCUACUGCACCACAGAGCCAUUUAUAGACGCCAAGUACGACAUCAGGGUCCAGAAAAUUGGAGCUGACUACAAAGCAUACAUGCGAACAUCCAUCUCUGGUAAUUGGAAGAGCAACACCGGAUCAGCCAUGUUGGAACAAGUAGCCAUGACUGACAAGUAUAAACUGUGGGUUGAUACCUGCUCAGAAAUCUUCGGAGGGCUGGAUAUCUGUGCUGUCAAAGCCAUCUGUGGCAAGGAUGGUAAUGACUACAUUACUGAGGUUGUGGGUUCAUCUAUGCAGCUGAUUGGUGAUCACCAGGCAGAGGACCGCCAGCUCAUCGCGGAGGUGGUGCUGUCUAAGAUGAGCCAAGCUCUGGCUACCAGGUCAUCUAGUGCUUCCCGCUCACCUGCUCGCUCCCCUCAGGGCCAGAAGCCAACGACCGUGCAGCCCCAACAGGGUGCUGCCCUUAAGGAAGGAAUGUCAGAUCCAAACAGGACCUCCGGCCAGCGCCCUCAACCUCAAGGUUCAGCAGCAGCUCCAGGUUCUCCUCCAACCAAAGCAGCAGCUCCAGCUCCAGCUCCAGCUCCAGCCUCGGCUCCAGUCCCAAUUCCUCCCUCAGCCUCAGCUCCUACCACAGAGCAGCCCAAGCCCCAGCCUCAGGGCUCUCCAACCCCGGCUCCUGGCAAACCAAGAGAGCUGCCCCCCAAACCUGCACCACCUGCAAAGCCCAUCCCUCCAAUGCGCAGGAAUUCAAAGCCGCAGCUGCAGCCAAAGCCACAGACCCCUCCUCCUCUCAAAGCUUCACCUAAACCCCAGCCCGAGGCCCCUGCCCCAGCACCCACUCAGGCCUCAGAUACUGCCUCGGCCCCAGCACAGGUUCAGUCCCCAGCCAAAGCCAGCCAGUCCCCGACUAAUGUCCAGUCUCCAGCCAAGGCUCAGCCCCAGGCCAAGCCGGCCUCUCCUUCCCAAAACCCUGAGCCUGAACCAGCUGAAGCUGCCGCUGAUGCUGAGGCCUCCGAGGAAGAACAGCCAGGAUCCCAGCAAAAGGCCCAUCCUCUGCUGAAUAAGUCCCAGUCCCUGACCAAUGCCUUCAGCGCCUUCAGCGACUCCUCUUUCUUCCGCGGGGUCUCAAGCACCGGAGGAGACGGCCAGGACGAGGCAAAGGCAGAGACCAUUCGCAACCUCCGAAAGUCCUUCGCCAGCCUUUUCUCUGACUAG